UCCUCAGUCAAUAUACAAUCUCCAUCCGUAAAAUUUUAUCAACAAGCACUCACAUUCUUUAUGUAUCAGCAUUUUCCAAAUUGUUUCAACGUAUUUUUUGUUCGCACUUGGACUUAAACAAUUAAUAACAUACACCUGAAAAAAAAAAUCGGUACCUUGUCCUGCCAUUGGUUGUGACGUCACAUGUUCCUGAUGUUGCUAUUUUUAUUUAUGUGAUGUUGUUGUCGGCAGCGGUUUCAGGUGGUUUUAUCUGUACCUGUGUUCUAAUUAUAUUUCUUCCAACAUUUAGUGUGUAGUUCUUCUGAUGCUUAGAGCUGUUUGUUUGUAUUGUUCUUAAUACUGGACUGUGCACGGCAUCGUUAAGCCCACCAUUCAUUAUAAUUAUUAUAUUAUAAUUAUACAUUAUUAUUGAAUAUUCAUAUUUCAUUUGCUUCUUGUCUUCAUAUAAUAUUAUAAAAUAGAUCUACUAGAAUUUAAGAUCUAUCUUAGUAUCUUAGAGUAUCUAGAUUUAGAUUUGAUUAUAGAAAAGAAACUAGCAGAUCUAAUAUAGAAUACAAGUCUCGUUCUUAGUCUUGGCAUAGACCUAUAACUAUAUAGUCUACUAGCAGAGUACCUAGAUUCAGCAUCACAUAGAAUAUAUUCAAUAUCGUUUAGAAUCUCGAAGAAAACGAUGUCUAUGUUCUUCUAUUGGAGUUUGAGAAAUCGAGUUGAAUUAAAUUGCCAACUCGGUUAAAAUCUUUAGUUUUUGGCUGGCUAUUUUUUUGAUGUACAAGAAGUUUCAACAACAGGCGAGAACGAUUUUGUAAUUUACGUUAAUGAGUCAGUUUAGUCAGUGAGUUGUAAAUCGGCGAGUUGAACCCAUGGAACAACAACCACCGGAGAAAAGAAAGAAAUUGAAGCAAGACAAGUCUACACGGUUAAACAUUCAUGAUUCCAGCUAUGGGUCAAUGAUUACUGGGACAAGUAGCAGUUCCUCCAUCUCUCUAUCCUUGUUCAGUGAAAGUGAUCUAGCAGAAACUCCAUCUACUAGUGGCUGUAGUUCUGAAAUGGCAACUGCAUUGCAAUCUAAAGAGAAAAAGAAGGAAAAAGCAAAGGAGUUUAUGAAAAAACUCAAGUCCAUGUUGCCCAUGAAGGAAAGAGCUGGCAAAAUGGACACACUGUCUACUCUGGAACAGCUGGUCAAUAACAUGAGACAACUGAAUGAAGUUCAGAAGAGACAAAGUGAAUUUAAGCAUCCACCUCCACAUAGUGGAUCCUACCACGGCAGUGAUACUGAUAAAGUAGUCCAGAGUAAUAUGUACAUAUCAGUAUCCCUCAAGAAUCAUGUAGUACAAACUGCUUCUGUUAAGUUAAUGGAACAUUUGGGGUACCCAUUGGAUUGGUGGAAAGGGAGACUACUGAAAGAUUUUUUAAAUAAGAAAGACAUCACUACUGUCAACAGUUGCAUAGCCUUACAUUCCAGUGAUGAACAUCUAGAUUCAACAGCUGGUAAAUCCACCAGUAGCAUGAAUGAAUGUUCCAAAUACUUCUACGCUAGAAUAAGGCGCUUCCGAAGGCUGGGAGAUGGAUUCAAUAUUCAGAAUCUGAUAUCAUACUGUCCAUUCCGGAUGGUUAUCACCACAAAACAACCGGAACAGUCAGACUCCUCUGAAGAUGAAAGUGUCAAGCAUAAGAAAGCCUUAACUAUCUAUUGUCAGCCUUUGACUUCAGCAUAUAUUGGUGGACAACUACUGCCAGAUAAAAGGAACUUUAGCUUGAGACAUUCUCUGUUUUGUAAUUACACCUACGUCCAUCCUAAUGCUGUCAAUCUUCUUGGUUUCCUGCCUCAAGAUCUGAAUGGAAUGUCUAUCUUUGACUUGUACCACCCUGAAGACUACCAGCAGCUUCUAGAAAUACACAAAAAGAUUGUUCUAUCUAUGGGUCAGCCAUUCAAGAGUGGUUCUAUCCGCCUGAAGACAAGAAAUAGCUGUUAUAUUGAAGUGGAGACAGAAUGGUCAAGCUUUGUAAAUCCAUGGUCAAUGCAGCUUGAGUUUAUUAUUGGUCAACAUACAGUUAUAAAGGGGCCAUCUCGAUUAGACUUAUUUGAAGAUCUUCCAAAUAGAACAGAAAAGGUGGAGCUAUCUAAUGAUGCUAAAGCCUUUCGGGAGAAAAUAUUAGAGGUGUUAAAGAAGCCUAUCCAAAAUGUUUUCGCUGAGCCAUCGCCUAUUGUCCAUCUUGUCAAAGAACCAACACCAAAGGUUGCCCCCCCAGUCAGAGAUGUUGCUUUGAGAGACAUAGAGCCUGCUCCAAAAUCAGGGACCCCAGUGGAUAAACCAAAGCUGUCAGAGUCUGGUAAUCUUGAGACAAAGUCUGCAGUGAUUGAUGAAAAGGGAAUCUCUUCCAUCUACAAUCAGUUAAACUAUUCACACAACAUAAAAAGGUUCUUAAUGAGUCAUCCCAAAUCAUUUUCUAAUGUUUCUGAUGAAGACAGUCUUAUCACAAGGGAAGACAGUGAGGAUGAGGCCAUUAAUGAUGAAGAAGAGAUGCCUUUAGAAAUACCUGUAGUGAAGCCACCAAGUUGUGGAAGCUCAACUCAAGUUCAUGUCUCUGAACAAGGUCAUGGGGAGGAGAUGUUGGGCUUGCCGGCAUUUGGGGAUGAAGCCAUGCCACCUGGAGAUGCAGGAGACAAUGUCCAUCUCCUGACAGAGGAGGUCUUAAAGAAGCACACCAGGCUUCAGGAGAGGCUGUAUCUCCAGACAAUAUCUGAGGAGCAGCCUCUUCUGUUGAACAUGAGGCGAUUAAAGAGUUCCAGAAAUGCACCCUUACAGAAGCGUCAGAGACCCAGAGAGCAAGAUGAAGAAAUGGAUUUAGCUAAACACCCUUGCACCAACAGUGGUGUUUUUAGAUCCAGCUCCAAUAUCUUCAUGCAGAGUUUCCCAGCGGUUACAUCCAGUGAACUGACCACUGUCACAACGUCCACUCAGCCAAUGUUUCGCCAGGCAGAGAUGCCACCAGGUUUAUCCUAUGACUCAAGGUUUAUGGGCCAGAGUUCACAAUUAGGAUAUUCCCAAUAUCAGCCAGGCUAUCAGAGUGGUUACACCCUAAUGCCUCAAGUGAUGUCUGGGUUUUAUCAACCACAUCUCCAGGAUGUCCAGGCUCAGGCUGGUCAGCCACAACAGGCCACUUUUGGGAAAUCCCCUCAAGGGACUAUCUCCCAAAGUGCUGAAGUUAGGGGAGAAAACCUUCACCCUCAGCCCCAAAAGAAAAUGAAGACGGAUAUGUUUAGCCAAAACAGAGACUCUGAUCAUCCUCCAUCAUCUGCAGAUGACACAACAUCAUCUAUAUUGUAUUUACUUGAGGCAGAUAGUUCUACAUUUGAGGACUCUGACAACAAGGCCAGCUCUGGAAUUGCCCCAGUCAGGACACAUAAUAAACGAACAGUUGAGCCACCCUGGUUGAGAGGUAUUAAGUGGAACACUGAGAUUAAAAUGAGAUACCAGAUGCCACCAAAGAAAGAAUUCUCAGUUCUGAAGAUGGAUGACAAAUUCCUUAAAAAAAAUCCCCAACCAGAGGUGUCUAUUCAAUGUUUGGAGCAACUGCUGGAAGAUAUUUCUUUACCUGGUCAUGAAGAUCCUAUUGAUGAAGAAGCAGACUAUGUCAUGUUUCUUGGUGACGAGGCACUGGAUAAAUUUGACCUUGAUAGUCAAACUACUGAAGAGGUGUACAUAACUGGUGAGAAAGGACAGCAGGAGGAAGGGGAAGCGAGUGCAGUGGAGGAAGUAGUUUGGACCUGUGAAAAUGAUGAUGAAAGCUAUGACACUCCUGUCAAUAGUCAUUCUGAGGAUGAGAAAAGCCCUGCCACACCCACUGGUGCAGUGGUCAAAGAAGAGGUCAAGCCAGAAGAGCAGCUUGCUGUUAGUGUCAAUAAUGAGGCUAAAGUAACUGAAGGGAGUGGAGAUGUAUCUAUGGAUACCCUGUUUAUUAACAGUGGUCAAGCCUCGGACAAUAUUCCUUUAAUAAAGAGAGGAAGUAGUCCUAAAGAUGGAUCACUGAGUGGAGAUGAAGGCAGUGGAAGUGAUGGAGGCCAGAAGGCAGAGAUGGAGGAUGCCCAAUCAAACUGCUCUAAAGUGUCCAGUGAUCUGACCCCUAGUGAUGACCGCAGCAACGAGGAAGCGGGUAGCUCCAUGAAGGAGUCUGAUGCUUCCACCAAGAAAAUGAAGGGGGUUUCUUCAGUAUCCUCUUCCAAUUCAUCCAAUGGCCACACGAGUCAGGAAGAAGGCUCCAGCGGUCUCCUGGUUAAAGAUGCUGAGGUGCUCAUUAAAAAGCUGUUUGUACCUCUCAAGGUGAAGGUUAGCAAGCAGCUGGAGACUUUUCGCUAUCCUUACUGGCUGAUUGAGGCCCACUACAGCCCUCAGGUAGCACUGACCUACAAGAUUCCCACCCGUAAUCUGGAGGAAGUCCUACGUGAGGACAAAAGAAAGAUGACAGACUUUGUCCAGCCUGCAGCAGUCAAACAGCAGCUUUUACAGCUCUUGAGUGAAAUUGAUAUGAAAUCUGGGACAAAACUGUCUGUGAAUCCAGCUACAUCUGCUGCUUACACACAGACAUUUACCUCCACACCCAUCAACAAGCGUUCUUCUAAUUCAGACUCUGCUAUGGGAACAUUGACUGAAGAAGAUUUGUCCACUUCAGAUGAUAAAUCAACAAAGGAGUUAAGAAGUGAGCAGAGAGCUCUGCCCCACAAGUCGAUGUGUUCGUCUUCCUUGGCUAGUCAAUCAAGCCAAGACAUCACUGCCACUGCUGAAACUGGUCAUGGGACCAUUUCUAAAAUAGACUCCAGGGCAUCUUUGUGUGAGAAAACAAUGCACCUGACCAUGGUCAGUUCAGCUUCCAGCGUUUUCAUGGGAAGUGUUCCUAGUGACAGUAGUGACGUGUCCAGACUCAGGCGGUGUCACAAAUCAGGGCCACAUACCUCAUCGGACUCCCUUGUCGAGCCCAAGGCUGGUAACUCCAGAAUUGGGUCAAUGAGUGCUAGCCAAUCAACGGGGACUUUAACUUCAUCUGGCAGCAGCACAAAUGUUUCCAGAAUGGAGCUUCACCUCCAAGAGAGAUUUCAAGCUAUUGAGUCUAACAGCCAUGCUGGUCAGAAGAUAGAAGACAUUAUCAUGAGUAAAGUGUUUGUGCCUAUUGAAACAGUAUCCACUACCAGCACAGAGACUAAACCAACCUCAAACAUUUUUAUUCUCAAUGAAUGAAAAUCAGAUGAAUGUCAACUGGCUUGAUGUCUCCUGUAUCAUAACUGUUGGAGAGGAUGUGAUAGAAAACAUUAAAGAAAUCAUUUCAUGUUGACUUCAGUUAAACAUUAUACUGAAAUUUUGCUCUUGAGAGAGUUAACACUCAUUUCUAAAUUGUUGGCCUGUCCGAAUGUUAACUGUGCUGAAUUGUGCUAAUAUAUUUCUUGAGAUUAUGUUAAUAUUAUGUGCCCAGACAUGUGGCACAGUAAUUCUCUUCACAGACAUAUUGUUACAAAGCUUCUGAUAUGUUCCACAAAGAAACAUUUGAAAGAAAUAUCUUGGGCAAACAACAAACUCAGUGACUCCCUGUUAAUACAUUUUGCAUCCCUGAGACACCGCAUCACUCAUUUAGAUUUUUAAAAGUGCAUUUUAAGAUACCUAAAAAAAUAUAUUAUUUUAAAGACUUAUUUUUGUAUUUCCUUUUUUAUAACCUAUAAAAAAAUAUUUAAUAUAUUAUAAAAGAACACAAUCUCAUUAUCAUAAAUAUAAAAAUGUCUUUUGUGCCAUACAUUUUAUUACAUUUUUAUUAUUUUGAUGAUUAAAGUUAAAAAUUGAAAGACAUUUCUAUUUUAUUAUUCAGUUUACAAAGUAUCCAACAUCUAUGUCUGUAAUGUUCCACAUAUCUGCAUACUAUGACUUGUUUUAAAGGUAUUUCAUUUGUAUAACAGAAUUAGUUCACAAAUGAAGUGUUGGUAUCUUGUGAUAACAGGUGUGUCUAAUUGUCUAUUGAAAGUGGGGUGAUAUCAUUUGAUUAGCAGCAAAAUAUAAGAACUUACUAGAGGAUUCAGUUGAGCAUACUAUUGUUGGGAAAGGGGGUGUGCUGGUAAUAGAGACAGCUGCAGACCUUAAGUAAAACAAAUAAUUUUGUCUUUUUAGAAAAUAUUGGCAUGCUCUACUAUUAAUUAGGAUAGGGGUGACUGAGUGGUAAAGCAUUUGGCUUCCUAACCAGGAGAUCUUGGUUUCAAAGCUCAGUAAAGACUGGGAUUUUGAAUUUUGUUUUGUUUUCUUUAGGGUUCACCUGAAUCCACCCAAUUUUAAUGGGUACCUGAUAUAAUUUGGGAAAAGUACAAGUGGUUGGUCUUUGUGUUGGCCACAUGACACCUUUGUUAACCAUUGGCCAAAGAAACAGAUAACUUUGACAUCAUCUGCCCUAUAGAUUGCAAAGUUUGAAAGGGAUACUUAACUACAUUUACCAUUGUUGAUGAAAUUUAUAGAUGAUACAAUCUUUACAACAACGAUGCUUUUUGUUUUACCAUUAGUUAGAAAUAUUUUAAUAGUAUUUUGAUUUUUUAAAUUUUAAAUAUCUUUAAACAAUUCUAAUAAAACAAUAUUUAUCUGAUAUUUUAAAGCUUGCAAACAAAAGGCUUUUUACCAUUGGAAUAUAACUCAAAAUGUUGAUCAUUUAUAAGUUAAAAAUGUUUUAAUCUUUCCAUUGCCUUUAUCUUUUAAGAUAGUUUGGGCUAUGUAAGGAAAAACCAAGUUUCACUAGUCUACUAGUGAUAAGUGAAAUUAAUUUCAUAAAUUUUAUUUCAAACAGUUAAUUGGGAUGUGGUCUGGUCAAGUUAACUCAAUUGGUUAACAGUUUAUAUGCUUUUAGUCUAGCCAGCUUUACUUAUCCUAAUAGCUUGAACUGGAUGGGAUCAGGUAUGUUCCAGCCUUACCAAAGAUUCAACUCUCGACUCAUUGGGAAUGUGACAAUGUCCAACCUGUUUUCUAAGUGUAUUAUAAUUUUUUUUAAAAAUAACACAAGAAUCUUUACUCUUGUCUCCAUUGAGAUAUGCUAGCAAUAUUCAUGCUUCCUUAAGCUAAUCAACAGCACAUUCUAUAAUUUAGAUUGGUUAAAUUUAGGUUAUGUUCAGUUUUUUUUUUGUUUAGUGACUGGGUAAUGUAUAGAACAUUAUGCUUAGUUUAACAUCCAUGCACAAUACAGCUGGGCAACCUCCUUUCAAGUUAUUUCAACCUUGUAAAAUGUUUUGAGUUUUCCUUCAAAGUUCAAGAUAAACUACAUCCUAGUCCAAACCUCCUGCAGAAUGACAGCAGGCAGGGUAGAAACCCAGGACCAUCCAGACGACAAAAUGACAGUCCAGCGUGCAUACCACAUGACCAGGCAGCCAUUUGGUUUCAGAAAGACAAGACUCUUAAAGCUACAUCUUUUGUACCAUUAUUAAUGUGACAGACAGGAAAAAAACAAAACAAUGUUGUCUGUUUUUCUAAUUACAUUGACAUUUUGAUUUUAAAAGUGCUGAGUAAAGUGACCUUGACUCUAUCCUGCAUUGUUUCCCAACUGUCGUAAGUUUGAGAGAUGACCACUGCAUAGCUAAAAACAUUGUGUGACUCUGUGUAUGUCUUAGAAUUUAUGAACUGAACUAUGAAUUUAUUUAUUACAAUGCUGUGUAUCUUAAUUGUUCAAACUCGGUGAAUACAUUUCACAUAAUGUGUAUUUUUUAAAAAUACUAAAACUACAUUGUAAAAGUUUUUUUUUCUCUUGAAUAUUGUCAGACGUAUCUAUAUAUGACUCCUUUCUGCCUCGUACAAGAGUGUAGUGUUAAUAAUCUUAAGUAGCACAAGUGUGUUUCUCUAGUGAAAUAUAAUACAUGAUGAAUAUUUUAAUAAGAUGAUCUCCUUUACCAAAAUAAGGCUUCACUUAGGUUUUUCCAAAUUUUUAUUUUUUCCAAAUCCUCCUAUUAGCUUUGCAAACUUUUUACAGGUGGACACUGCAGACAGAUAUAUUGAAUAAAACUGAAAUAAUUUGCCCUGGAAAUUUGACAGUUUAUGUAUAUCUUUAGAGAAAAAACUAAUUGGCCAUACAGGGAAAACCCUGGUUUAACCCUUAUUAUUUUUCAAAUAUAAUCAUCUCAAAUUUAAAUUUGUCCUAAAUCUUUUUAUUUUGAACACAGCUUCAGGGAGAAUUGCUGGAUUUGUCUAGUUGUAUAGUGGAGGCGUUGAUUUUUUAAAACUUUUUUUUAUGUUACUAGUUUUAAGUUUGAUUUGCAGUUCUUAUCCAUGAGUUAUUAUCGGGGUUCUUAUCUGAGAUUGAAGCCAUACCAAGUUCAUUUAAUUCUUAUCUAAUUCAGGAUAUAUUCUAAUAGCAUAGGACAAAAUGGUUGUAUUCCACAGAAUAAAAGAAGUAAUUUGAUCUUUUUAACUUACUGAGUAUUAUUAUGUGAUUUAUGUAUUAAUACCACUUUACUUCUUUACUCAUGUCUUAAAUUAUUCACUUGUGAUCAAUCUUACAACUCUUUUACAUUAUGUUUCACUUUUUUUUUUUAUGUAUUCUUGAAUGUGAGCUAAAGGCAACUCAAAUACUUUUAUUUAUUUGACCUCUUCCUAGUAUGUCAAUAAAGAAAGAAGAAAAUUUUUCUAGGCUUUGUAUCUAACUUUUACAGUCACUGAAACCUUGAAUUAAAAAUGUUUUCCCCCACAGAAGAAAACAGUGACAGAUUUAUAGGCUAGUAAGUCUUGUUAGAAUUAGUAUUCCUUAGUAAAUAUUGAGAUUGAAAGAUAUGUUUUGGUAAAGAAAACAAAGUAAUAGGGGCUAAAAUAGAUUUUGAAAUUCAGCAAUAGUUAUAAAAGCUAUUUUAUUCUAAUCUUUCUCAAUUCUUCAGUGUUAAAAAAAUAUGCAUUUAAUUUUGAUCCAGUAGCAUUAACACAUUCUAUAUAUCAAAUUGAAUUUGUAAAAUAUACUUUUAAGUGAUAUACCUUAAUAAAGAUCAAACUACAUUUUAAAUUAUGUUUCCACACAAUAGUUUUUAAAAUAAACAUUCAUAUUAUGUAUAUGUAUAUUUUAAAAAUUGUGAAUUGAAUACAUUUUGAGCUCAAAUAAAAUAAUCUACAUUAAAAUUUAGAAAAUUUUCUUUUCUAGAAAAAAAGUAAACUAAAAUAUUUACUGUACAAUUUGACUGAUUAUAUUUACUGAACAUGUGCCAUUAUUUGUAUGUUUUUUUUGUUUUGUUUUGAAUGUCUUUCAAUCAGUUUUUGUUUCAGUGAUUUUUGUAUAUAGAUAUUUGUUUAAAUUUAAACCUCACAUUUUUUAAACAUUUCUGAUAAAUUUCUUUUGUUCUCAUGAGUUUACAAAAUUAUAAUAAAAUUAAAAACAAGUAAAUUUAAUUUUGUGGCAGGCAAUGUUCUCUUCUUUAUACCUAACAUGGUAGGGGUCCAUGAAGUUGUCCUUCAACUGUGCAGUCAGGCAGUGUUUCUCCAUAAUGUUUUGUUUGUAAGAGGGGAGGCUCUUAAGUUGUUUGCUAAUUGAAUGACAACAAACUUAAACCUACACUGGAAAAUGUCUUUGUGCUGCAUAAUGCUCAUGUUUCUCCUCCUCCUUGAUGUCUGCUCCACUCUGGAGCUAGUUAGGUAUCCAAUGAGAUGUUAGAUGCAGACCCCCUUGAUGUCUGCUCCACUCUGGAGCUAGUUAGGUAUCCAAUGAGAUGUUAGAUGCAGACCUCCUUGAUGUCUGCUCCACUCUGGAGCUAGUUAGGUAUCCAAUGAGAUGUUAGAUGCAGACCUCCUUGAUGUCUGCUCCACUCUGGAGCUAGUUAGGUAUCCAAUGAGAUGUUAGGUGCAGACCUCCUUGAUGUCUGCUCCACUCUGGAGCUAGUUAGGUAUCCAAUGAGAUGUUAGGUACAGACCUCCUUGAUGUCUGCUCCACUUUGGAGCUAGUUAGGUAUCCAAUGAGAUGUUAGAUGCAGACCUCCUUGAUGUCUGCUCCACUCUGGAGCUAGUUAGGUAUCCAAUGAGAUGUUAGGUGCAGACCUCCUUGAUGUCUGCUCCACUCUGGAGCUAGUUAGGUAUCCAAUGAGAUGUUAGGUGCAGACCUCCUUGAUGUCUGCUCCACUCUGGAGCUAGUUAGGUAUCCAAUGAGAUGUUCAGUGCAGACCUCCUUGAUGUCUGCUCCACUCUGGAGCUAGUUAGGUAUCCAAUGAGAUGUUCAGUGCAGACCUCCUUGAUGUCAGCUCCACUCUGGAGCUAGUUAGGUAUCCAAUGAGAUGUUAGGUGCAGACCAUGCUGUGACACAAAGACCUUCCCUUCAUAUCCCCUUAAGAAACAAACUCACCCAAAAAAACAACCACAUAAAAUCACUAAAGAUACUUUGACCCAAUGGCUUACUUACUGUAAUAUAUUUGUAACUUAUUGGUUACAGUAUUACUGGCUCACAAAUGCACCACUGACAAGCUACCCUACUGAAGUAAGGUGGGUUUUUUUUUUUUAAAUAUUGAUUCAUUAUUUACAGAAUGUACUUUGCUUUAGGACUUUCUGGUUUAGUUAUUCAACAUUGAUGGUUUCCGAUUCAUGUUCAUUUCUUGAAAUGUUUGCCCUCCUGCUUGGUAAGAUACAAUGUUAAAAACAUAUCCUCUACCCCACCCCCUAAUCUUCUUUCCUUUUGAGGUAAAUACGAAGUAAACAUCUGUUCAUUGUCUGUUCUAAAUUUAGUUUAGAGCUAAUUCGAUUGUCACUCUCUAAUGCAUUGUGUGCAUGUUCCCUGCAGUGACGUAACAUCAACACUAACAUAAUCAAUGUUGUCUCUGUUCAAACAGUCUAUUGUGUAUCAAAGUUCCCCACGAAGUCUGGCACUUAAGGCUUAGUUCCACAUUCUGUUUGCAUUAUUAAGUAAGCCGUAUUGUGCUAAGGAUACAUUGUGGAACUUGUUUCAUGUAGGACUGAGCUUGUUAAUAGUCUCCUGGGCUAUUAGAUAUUUUUGGUGUAUAUAGGCAGUUAUAGAGCUAUAAUUGCAGCACUAAAUGUACAAUAAAGUUAUAUUAAUAUAAACUUGA